AUGUGUUUAUAUCUGUACACUACUAGUGUACAGCACCCAAGCAUCGACUAUAGUAUUGACAUGUGUUUAUAUCUGUACACUACUAGUGCACAGCUUCCAAGUAUCAACUAUAGUAUUGACAUGUGUUUAUAUCUGUACACUACAAGUGCACAGCUUCCAAGUAUCAACUAUUGUAUUGACAUGUGUUUAUAUCUGUACACUACUAGUGCUCAGCUUCCAAGUAUCAACUAUAGUAUUGACAUGUGUUUUUAUCUGUAUACUACUAGUACUAUUGACAUGUGUUUAUAUCUGUACACUACAAGUGCACAGCUUCCAAGUAUCAACUAUAGUAUUGAAUGUCUUUAUACCUGUACACUACUAGUGCACAGCUUCCAAGUAUCAACUGUAGUAUUGACAUGUGUUUAUAUCUGUACAGUACUAGUGCACAGCUUCCAAGUAUCAACUGUAGUAUUGACAUGUGUUUAUAUCUGUACACUACCAGUACACAGAUUCCAAGUAUCAACUGUAGUAUUUACAUGUGUUUAUAUUUGUACACUACUAGUGCACAGCUUGCAAGUAUCAAUCCUUAUUGUUAUUAAUGUAGAAGCCUUUGGAUGA